GAAACAUUCUCUUGUUGUCUGCAAUAGAUUGAGACAUUCCUGUGAGGCAUUACUGUGAAGACAACUAGGGAAAGAAUAUGGUGAUCUUAAAAUAAUUGCAAUUCACAGGUAUAGGGAAGCAAGAAGUGGAUUAAAGUUGUAGUUGUCCUAGUUUUGAUCUUGUAGUGCAUGUGGUAGGAAAAACACCAGGGAACUGGCAUACAGGAGGGCACUGUAUUGUGAAGGGUCCCACAAACUAGGGGGAAAAAAAAAAGUGAAUGUUGUUUUGAUUGAAGGUGGGAGAACAGGUGGGAAGGUUGGGAGGUUUAUGAGAGUGCUGGGGGGUUCUGGUGAGGAGGGUCCCUGUGACCACAGUGAGGCCAGGCAGGUGUUCCAGAGGGCAAGGGAAGGUCAUGCUCUCGGGAUGAGCAAGCGCCUGACAUUUCAGCACCAAAAAAACCUUCUGGGUGGCUGGAGGAAACUCUGUGGUUGAAUUAGGCAAUUGUGCUCUAUGAGGUUUUUCUCUGCAGACUUUUUGCUACUCACAACUACUGGAAAGUGGGUGAGGUGGAGCCUUGGGAGCAGCUCAUAGGACAGUGUCUCUGGGUUUAAGGAAACCUCACCAACACCAGUAUUACGGAUACAGAGAGAGGGGCUGCUGCUGAGAAAUGGAUUCCUUACCAAGUUCAUCCUUUUUGAAAGCAAUUGGAUAUGUUGGACUUUUUUACUCGCUUGAUUUCUUUUUUGAAAGCUUCCGCGUUGGCAGGAGAAGUUCCAUGGAGUUGGACUAAAAUAAAGUUUUGGGAUGUCUCUAUUUGAAUUAAAAUUUGGAAAGAAGAAAUUGAAAGAGGAAGAGAGACAACUUCAAGCAAACAACCGGGAUUUUAAUCUGCAGUUUGAAUAUGCUAACAAUUCAAUUAAAACAUCGAAAUACAAUUUCUUCACUUUCCUGCCUCUCAACCUGUUUGAACAGUUUCAGCGAAUAGCCAAUGCCUACUUUCUUUUCUUGCUGAUUUUGCAGUUGAUUCCCCAGAUUUCCUCACUGGCCUGGUUUACAACAGUGGUGCCCCUGGUGCUGGUGCUGGCUGUGUCAGGCGUAAAAGAUGCCAUCGAUGAUUUUAAUCGACACAAAAGCGACAAACACGUCAACAACCGCCCAGUCCAGGUCCUGAUCAAUGGCAUGUUAAAGGAACAAAAAUGGAUGAAUGUCCAAGUGGGGGAUAUAAUAAAGCUAGAAAACAACAACUUUGUGACGGCUGAUCUACUGUUGCUCUCAAGCAGUGAACCGCACAGCCUGACGUACAUCGAGACAGCUGAGCUGGAUGGUGAAACAAACCUGAAGGUGAAGCAGGCACUGACAGUCACUGCAGAACUUGGAGAAGAUCUUCAGAAGCUGACAGAGUUUAAUGGUGAAGUCAGAUGUGAGGCACCAAAUAACAAACUGGAUAAAUUCACAGGCACUCUUACUCUUCGAGGAGAAAAGUAUGCCCUGGACAAUGAGAAGAUGUUGCUGAGGGGCUGUACUAUCAGGAACACAGAGUGGUGCUUUGGACUUGUUAUUUAUGCUGGGCCAGACACCAAACUAAUGCAGAACAGUGGAAAAACAACUUUUAAACGAACAAGCAUCGAUCGGCUCAUGAAUGUCCUUGUGUUGGUGAUUUUUGCAUUUUUAGGACUGAUGUGUCUCAUCCUAGCCAUUGGCAAUGGCAUCUGGGAGCAUGAUAAGGGCUACUACUUCCAGGUAUAUCUGCCCUGGGCAGAAGGUGUCAACUCUGCCUCCUACUCCGGCUUCCUCAUGUUCUGGUCAUAUGUGAUCAUUCUAAACACAGUGGUACCGAUUUCACUCUAUGUCAGUGUAGAGAUUAUACGAUUGGGUAACAGUUUCUACAUCGACUGGGACCGUAAAAUGUAUUAUCCGCUGAAUGAUACACCGGCUCAGGCUCGAACCACUACACUCAAUGAAGAACUGGGACAGAUCAAGUACAUCUUCUCCGACAAAACAGGAACUCUCACUCAGAACAUCAUGUGUUUCAACAAGUGCUCCAUCAAUGGCAAAUCCUACGGUGAUGUGUAUGAUAUGUCUGGGCAAAGGGUAGAAAUAAAUGAGAACACAGAGAAGGUUGAUUUCUCAUACAACCCGCUGGCCGACCCAAAGUUUGCAUUCUAUGACCAUAGCCUGGUUGAAGCUGUGAAGCUGAAUGAUGUCCCAACACACAGGUUCUUCCGGCUGCUCUCACUUUGUCACACAGUGAUGCCAGAAGAGAAGAAGGAAGGUAGCUUGGUGUAUCAGGCCCAAUCUCCUGACGAGGGAGCCCUUGUCACUGCUGCUAGAAACUUUGGAUUCGUAUUCCGGGCUCGCACACCAGAGACCAUCACUGUUGUGGAAAUGGGAGAAACAAAAGUCUACAAACUUCUGGCUAUUCUUGAUUUCAACAAUGUUCGCAAGAGAAUGUCUGUGAUUGUGCAGAGUCCAGAAGGUGACUUGACUUUGUACUGCAAGGGGGCCGACACCAUUCUUUAUGAACUGCUUAAUUCGUCCUGCGAAUCUCUCAAAGAGGAAACCACAGAACACCUGAAUGAGUUUGCUGGAGAAGGUCUGAGGACACUUGUGGUGGCCUAUAAAAACUUGGAGAAAGACUAUUUCCAGGAUUGGAUCAGGCGCCACCAUGAAGCAAGCACUGCCUUGGAAGGACGGGAAGAAAAACUGUCAGAGUUAUAUGAAGAGAUUGAAAAAGACCUAAUGCUGUUAGGUGCCACAGCGAUUGAGGACAAGCUACAGGAUGGAGUCCCACAGACAAUUGAGACUCUUGCCAAAGCCAACAUCAAGAUAUGGGUUCUCACUGGAGAUAAGCAAGAGACAGCAGUGAAUAUUGGUUACUCCUGCAACUUGCUGAACGAUGACAUGGAAGAUGUUUUCAUUAUUGAUGGCAGCACAUCUGAUGAUGUCCUGAAUGAGCUGAGGAAUGCAAGGAAAAAGAUGAAGCCAGACUCCCUUCUGGACAGUGAUGAAAUCAACAUUCAGUUUGAAAAAUCUUCAAAAAAACCAAAAAUUAUACCUGAUGAGCAAGCAAAUGGGGUGUAUGGUCUGGUUAUCACUGGCCACAGCCUGGCUUAUGCACUGGAAGGGAAUCUGGAGCUGGAGCUAGUGAGAACUGCCUGCAUGUGCAAAGUGGUGAUCUGCUGCCGGGUGACUCCCCUGCAGAAGGCCCAGGUGGUGGAGCUGGUGAAGAAGUACAAGAAGGCUGUGACCCUGGCAAUUGGAGACGGCGCCAACGAUGUCAGCAUGAUCAAAACUGCCCACAUUGGGGUUGGUAUCAGUGGCCAGGAGGGGAUGCAGGCGGUCUUGUCCAGUGACUUCUCCUUUGCCCAGUUCCGUUACCUGCAGCGCCUGCUCUUGGUCCAUGGCCGGUGGUCCUACAUCCGCAUGUGCAAGUUCCUCAAAUACUUCUUCUAUAAGAAUUUUGCCUUCACCUUAGUGCAUUUCUGGUAUGGCUUCUUCUCUGGCUUCUCAGCACAGACCGUCUAUGAUGAGUGGUUCAUUACACUUUACAAUUUGGUAUAUACCUCCCUUCCAGUGCUAGGAAUGAGUCUCUUUGAUCAGGAUGUGGAUGAUCGUUGGAGCAUGCUGUUUCCUCAGCUAUAUGUGCCUGGCCAGCAAAACCUCUAUUUUAACAAAGUGGUGUUUGUCAAGUGCAUGUUGCAAGGGAUCUACAGUUCCCUCAUCCUCUUCUUCAUCCCCUAUGGGGCCAUGUACAAUACAAUGAGGAGUGAUGGGAAGGCCAUUGCUGACUACCAGUCCUUUGCUCUGAUGGCCCAGACCUGCUUACUGAUUGUGGUGUCUGUACAGAUUGGCUUGGACACCUCUUACUGGACAGUUGUGAACCAGUUCUUCAUCUGGGGAAGCCUUUCUGUUUAUUUUGCUAUCACCUUCACCAUGUAUAGUGAUGGCAUGUAUCUGAUCUUCACAGCCUCCUUUCCCUUCGUUGGUACGGCUCGAAACACCCUCAGCCAACCGAAUGUGUGGCUAGCAAUCUUCCUCAGCAUCACCCUCUGCGUGCUGCCUGUGGUUGGCUUUCGGUUCCUGAAGACUCAGUUAAAGCCAACACCCAGUGAUAAAGUCCUGCUCAAGAUCAAAGAAGCCAAAAAGCGGCCCCCUCCACCCUCACCCAAGCGACGGCUGCGUCGGACCAGCACCCGCCGCUCUGGCUAUGCCUUCUCUCAUCAGCACGGCUUUGGAGCACUCAUUAUGUCUGGCAGAAACAUGCGGCCAAAAUCACCUUUCGCCACAACAGGAACAUUUUCACCAAACAGCGACAAAUACAAACACAAAGGAUUGUAAAAAAAAAAAAAAAAAAAAAAAAAAAGGAACGAAAGAAAAAAGAAAAAAAAAAGAAAAGAACAAUACUCCCCCCCCCCCAAAAAAAAAAAAAAUAGGAAAGCAAACCAAAGUAAAGGGCUGUCAGGAGAGGACCGAGCCAGUGGCUGCCCAGAGUUCUGCCUUCCAGGCUACCAAAUCAAGGACUUGGGCCUUUCCUGUCACCCAUAUGUAUCUUCUGAUUCCAGCUUCUUUUCCAAAGAUGUGUGCUGCUGCUGGGGAAGGUGGGCAGGGUGAAUUGGAGCAUGGAGUUGUAUGGUAUCCCAGAAGGCCUCCAUGGAACAAGAGAGAAUGUGCUGCAGGAGGCAUAUCCACUCCCCAAGAUUGCUCAUAACGCUAUUUUUUCCCUCCCUUUAACUACAUACCUCAGAGGAAAGAGAAGUCCAGUCUGAGGGAAAGGCUGAAUUGGCAAUGCCUUUCUCAUUCUUGUGCCUUUGUUUCUCUUCAUGAAUCCACUCUGGACCAUAUUACUGGGGUGACAGUACUGACCCCAGGUGUGCCUUAGGUCCAGCCACACAACCCCCAAAUCCACAAUCUUUGUAAUAUGUGUAAUCUUGUAGCCUUUUGACUGUAAUCCACUUUCUCAGGAGAUGGCCAGUGCCCAAAGAGCACCCUCAUCCCACAUCUGCAAUCGGGAACUGCUGCAAGCUCAGACAAACCCUUACUUGGUCAAGGGACAAGGAGAUGACACUCAUCAGCCUGCGCUGUUUUAUCUGCAUUGCAAAUCUGCUCCUGUAAAAGAUCAUUGCCCUCAGAGCCCUCUCAAGUUUUGUAACGGGGCACCAGCCACUUAAUUUAAACUUAAAAUAAAAGAGCAGAAGAUGCCCAGACUCCCAUAUGGACCAAAUAAUAAAAUCUGGCCCUAAAAUCUGGUUAGGGCUCAGCUGAGCUGCCAGCUCCAGAUGUCUCCGCCGCCAUAACAGACUGAGAUGCACAUGCAUCUGGCUUGAUGGUGAUUACACAAACAGUAUUGAAAGCAGAAAUGCUGUUUCAUGGCUAGCACCUGAAAUAGCCUUUACUCCACUGGUGCUGUGUUUCAGUGUAAGGGAUGAAGUUCCCUGGUGGCUCCCUCACCCUCCAUGAUGAGCAGUUCGGUCAAGAUUCAGAGGAACUUAGUGAGGCCUUAAGAGCUGCUGCAGUGUUUCUCUGCUCUGUGCUGGCUCACAUUUUAUUUGGGAAUGGGUUGUCUGUCAAACAUGGGUGGCAGAGAGCCGAAAAGCCUACCAGUCUGACUACCAGCAGAGGGACCUAAAAUGCACAGACACAGCCAGAGUCAUGGUGAUCUUGAGGGAGUGGGAUUUGCUCACUAUUUUGUUUCACCAGCUCCAUGAUCAGCAAGGUUACUUGCUGGUGGAAGGCCAGCGUGGCAGCGUGAGAGUUUGUCCUGCCAGCACUGCUGAGCUGUCUAGAUGCAGCUUUUUUUUGUGCAGAGGACUAAGCAACUUGUGGGUUGGGAUUUUUUUGGUUUGUUGAGGUUUUUUUCAGCUCCUUCAUACAGUUUUAGACUCCCUUCUUGUUUUGAAUUGGGGUUUUUUUGUGCAGGAAGCCUCUGAUAUUUAUGGGGAGCUCUCUGCCAUGAGCUUCUGAGCUGUCAGUGGUGGCAACCUAUGAUGGCAACAGGCCAGCUAAUGCCCCCGUUUCAUCUGGUCUGCAUGGAACACCUUGCUGCCUGUGAUCACAGUUUCAGCAGACAGGUUAAACUCUAAUAGAAGGUUUCAUCUCCCUGGGUUUAACUGAGCACAGAAAAAGCCCCAGUCUGUUGCACCUGCUGCUCGGGGAGGCUUGUUGCAAACUGUGGUAUUAAAUUUCAGCAUGGCCAGUGCAAAACUGGAGCUGAGACUGGAUCUAGGCUUCAGUGUCCAGGAGCUGCUUGCUAGGGAGGGAGCAAAUUCUAAUCUGGUGAUCUCCCCUGCAAGGAGACACCUAAGUAAAGUGAGAGUCUGCACUCUGGCUGAGGAAACCACUGUGAUAGUGAGUGCUUGUCACCUCCCUCUGAUUUACCAUUCACUUUGCAGAGACAAUCAGAGCUUUCUGAUGAGGAUUAUGUCUUUCACAGUCAGCCUCCCUAGGGUUAGAGGAAAAAGGAGAAUUUGUGCAGAUAAACAGACAUCCCCAUGAUACCCAGACUGGUCUGUGGUCUGAGAGUCCUAUCAAAGCUGUUCCUAGCAUGUGAUGCAGUAGAAUGUAUUGCAGAGCGGCAGAGGCAGACCUUGUGUAGACAGAGCAAGGAAACUCUGACACUGUGCCUCUCUUCUCACACGGUUUACGUGCAAAGCACUCACCUCCUGGCUAAAAGGGGAUUUGAAAAUGUUGGAUACGACAUGCAGGGGAUAAUAAAGCUGUUGGUGAGCUUGCACCAGACACAAUUAUUUCUGUAGUUUGACACACAAUCAGCAUUUGAAACACAUCAGCUGGCAGUGAUGUCUGUUCUACAUCACUCCUGAUUUUGUAAUAUAAUUGUUUUUGGUUUUGUUUUUUUUU